AUGAAGGGCGCUCCAGAAAGAACCGUACCGCCGCCGCCGCUCGUGACGCCGGAGCGUGAGACACGGGCGCCGGGUCGCCCACGCCUGCCCGAGGCCCAGCCCGGCAGGGCUCUGAGGGUCUCCCGCUGGCUCCGCGUGGGCAUGGGCGGUCACCCCCGGGGCGGCCUCCACCCAGGGGCUCCCGUCGCCGGCUCCCCACACCUCACCCCUGCGGCUGUGUCUGGGACCCGGGGCUCAGCCAGACAGGCCCUCCGCGCAGACACAAUGCGAGCACCGUACGUGAAUAAAGCCCGCGCGGGGGCGGCUGCUGCAGACUGGGAGCUGGCGCUCACACCGCCCCGCUGGGGGACUCGGGCUGAUUCCCACUGCACCCCCAAACACAGUGCCCCCCCGCCCCGCACAGAGGGAACUACCUUUACAGUCCCAGACAACGAAGGCUUGGAGUGCGGUCAACGCCAACAGACGAACCCCAACCUUCCCCUCUUUCCCACACACCAGACCUGCCUGGGGCCCCCCAGCAGCUGUGGGGGUGGUCACAUGGAGAACCCCAAGAUCCUGUGUCAUCCCCCAGUCAGGACAUCCCCACUGCCGGGGCAUCUGGGGGGGGGUCAUGUAGAGAGCCCCAGGACACUGCCUCACCCCCUGGCUUCCUCCCCUGAGGCACGGAGGGCUAACUGCUCAUAUCCCGGCCCUGAGGAAGGCUCCCCACCAGGAGACCUGGGCCCCGGGGCCUACGGGCUCCCCACAUGGGAACUGGGGCAGGAGGACUGGCUUAUCAAUCGGCUGCUUCCGGAAAUACCAGCCAGCCGAAGUCGAAGCGCGGUGCUGGGAACUGAGCUGAGCGGUGCCCCGCCCCUGCCUGGGGACCCGCCCCGCGCCUGGAGCCCCGCCCUGCGCCUGGAGCCCCGCCCUGCGCCUGGAGCCCCGCCCCUGGAGCCCCGCCCCUGCCUGGGGACCCGCCCCGCGCCUGGAGCCCCGCCCCUGGAGCCCCGCCCUGCGCCUGGAGCCCCGCCCCAUGCCUGGAGCCCCGCCCCGCGCCUGGAGCCCCGCCCUGCGCCUGUAGUCCCGCCCCGCGCCUGGAGCCCCGCCCUGCGCCUGGAGCCCCGCCCCGAGCCUGGAGCCCCGCCCCGCGCCUGGAACCCCGCCCCGCGCCUGGAGCCCCGCCCUGCGCCUGGAGCCCCGCCCUGCGCCUGGAGUCCCGCCCCACGCCUGAAGCCCCGCUCCUGGAGCCCCACGCCGCGCCUGAAGCCCUGCCCCGCGCCUGGAGCCCCGCCCCGCGCCUGGAGCCCCGCCCCGCGCCUGGAGCCCCGCCCUGCGCCUGGAGCCCUGCCCUGCGCCUGGAGUCCCGCCCCGUGCCUGGAACCCCGCCCCGUGCCUGAAGCCCCGCCCCACGCCUGGAGCCCCGCCCUGCGCCUGGAGUCCCGCCCCGCGCCUGAAGCCCCGCCCCCGCGGUCAGGAAAAGCCAUCAUCAUCUUCAUCAUCAACAUCAUCAUCAACAACAACAUCAUCAUCCUGUCAUCUAGACCAUCCUACGGCUCUUGGGCUUCUGCACUGGCCACGGUGGCUUGUGGGAAGGUCGGGCGGUCCUGA